AUUGCUAUGACGAUCUGGCGACUCAAAUAGAACUCAAGAAACUGUAUAUUUAUAUAUAUGUACAUAUACAUUUCAUGAAGCCAUACAUGUAUGAGAAAACAAGAAUUCAAGAGAGCUUUAAUUUUGGAGCAAUUCACUCUGGAUAAUUUUAGCAUCAACAUGGACUUCGGGUCACCUCUGCUGAGUCCAGCCACCCGAAGUCUUCCAGAGAACUGGGCGCCUCCCGUUGCAGACCAGGAUGCAAUCAAGUUCCUGUCGUCGAUAGAUCCAGCAGAGGUAUCCGGGUUAACCUACACAGAUUCCUUAGUGACGUUCUCGGAGCAAGGAAAGGAGCUGGGAGAGUUUACGAUAUGUGUCGAACCAACUACACGCCAUUCACAGGACUGCUACUUGAUACAUGCGAACAGUCAUGGGAUGAUAGCGGGUGUGCCGUGUGGUACGUCCAUUAUAGCUUAUGUAACCGCCUCUCUGCAAACGCUAGAUCAGGAGCAUCAUGAAUACGUCAAGCUCGACAGCAAUCCGCUGGAUCGUAAGACGUUCGUGCAGAAAGACGGCGAGACGUACACAGUGAGCCGCAUCGUCACGCAGGGAGAGGAGGUGAGUAAGAACCAGCGGACGUACAGCAGCGAGCAGAUGCAGGGCUUCAUCUCAGAGGGAGCCAACCUGCUUCUGCAGCGGCUGCUCGCUCGCGUCGGCGACUGGCGCGCGCCGCACUUCAACCUGCUCUCGCUCGACUCCGACGUGAUCCUCUGCCGGACGACCUACGCUAGCCUCGGCGAGGACACUCGCGCAGUUGUUGACCAAGAAAUGCCUGUAGUCGGUAUAGAGAGGACUAUACAUUCCCUAUUGGACAAGCCUACGACAUGGAGAGCAUGGUACCUCACCGAUGGGUAUGCAUCUAGCUACAGGUUACAAGUCGGUUCGCCUGUGUCCAUGAAGCUUAUAGGAAUACCACCGUAUAGUCAAUUAGUAGGCUUUGCUGCUCAUCGCGAUUUACAGAUGAAGUCUAAUUUUCUCGACAAAAAGGAACAGCUGAAGGCCGACCACGGAGUGUACAUGCGCCGCCAUCCCGCUGAAGCAAUCCUCGCCGACUUCCUGCAGUUCCUGCUGCUGCGCAAGCCGCGAGACGUAUUCGCGUUUGCCGCCGACUACUACGCCUCGUUCUGCCACAAAUACCCGACAACCCCUGAGGGCGCCACCGAAGUAGGGUGGGGCGGCCGCCGGAGCAGGGGCGCCACCGAGGGACUGUGA